UAAACACCAUGCUUUAUUGAUUCUAUCAUCAACCUUAACCAUAUCACAACAGUUUUCAACAACUUUCCUUUGUUUUUUUUUUGCAUUCUGCUUCGUAAUCAUGGCAAGCAAUCAGGGUCAGUAUGGUGAUCAAGGUCGUAGGACAGAUGAAUAUGGCAACCCCGUAAGCCAAACUGACCAAUAUGGCAACCCUGUUCGCCAAACUGGUGGCACCACCGGCUACGGUGGUGGGUACACCGGUGACACCGGUAGAAAGGAGGGGAUAACUACCGGCGGUGGUACUGGGUACGGAACCGCCGGCAUACCCUCCGCGGACACUGCAGGCACAGGGUAUGGAACCACUGGUGGCACAGGGUAUGGUGCCACUGGUGGCACAGAGUAUGGUGCUACUGGUGGCACAGGUACAGGUUAUGGAACCACUGGGCAACAUCAUGGGAGGGAGGAACAUCAUCAUCAUGGUCAAUCUCAUGGUGGAUAUGAUGCAUCAUCUGGAGAACAGCAUCAUGAGAAGAAAGGGAUAAUGGAUAAGAUUAAGGAGAAGCUUCCUGGAACUGGAAACCGUAACGACUAGAUGCUUAUAUAUGUGUGUGUAUUAUAUAUACAAAUAUAUAUAAUAUUGUGUUAAGUGUUUGAAUAAUUUACUGCAUGUCUUUUAAGUAUAUAUGCAGUAUAGAUAGAAUAGAUAGAAAUGAAUAAAAGUUACAUGCAUGUAGGUGCUGUGCUUAGCGGGAGUGUUGUGCCUAUAGGGACAUGUAAAGCCUGCGGAGUUUGUUGUGGGUACCUUCAGUAUGUUAAGUGGGGUGCUUCGGUUAUAUUAUAGUUAAUGUUGUUGUGUUAUGUUGGAUUUUGAAAUGCAAGCUUUCUUUGUUUUUGUCUUCC